AUGCUCACGCGUGCAGUGGAUAACGCGAAGAAAGAGAAGAACCUCUUUGAGUUUGGCGUCAGGGACGGCCGUGUUGAGGCCUUGCUCAAUCAUAUGUUCGAGAAAAAUCAAAAAGUAGACAUGGAUGACGAAUGGGAUGAAGUCAAAGUGUUACAGUAG